ACGUCCAGUGUGCCAGAUGUAGACACCACCAUAAGGCUUGGUGCCCGCUCCGGUGACCUGGGCUAAAGUUAUUUGCGACAGACGGUGUACAUUCUUUUCUGAGUGGUUGGCGCAACCGACAUCUUUGACUAGAAUGCAGCAAUAUAUAGAGACGGAGUAUCUUUGUGAUCAAGAGCAGUGUCACUCACCUUCAAUCUUGACGUGCUCCCCUCGGUGCGUAUUCUCAGAGGAGUACGCUGUAAAAAGCGAUGGCUAACUUCGAAGACCAACAUGUUAUUUGCGAAUGCAGGCGGCCAAUCACAAAAAAUUAUUUCGACUCUCCCACGAAACAAUUAGCUAACUUUCUAGCUUUCAUUUGUGAACCAAGAAAAAAAAGAAAGGAAAAAAAAGAGAGGAAGAGAAGAAAUAAUAAUACAUUAAACAUCGUUGAAUAGCGUCUCCGUGCUUUUAUUUCAAAGUGUUGUCUCUGAUGAGAUUAGUGGUUUGCUUGUGAUAGACACAAAUUUUCUUUUCAUUUUUGUUUCAGCUGGUCAAGUAUUAUCCCCCAGAAAGUUCACGUGGCUUCGUUGUAAUGAAGAUCUACAUAGUCCUCGCCUUCAUGGCGGUAGCAGGGGCUGCAAAAGUCCAGACGAGGACCCGCCGUGCGGCGUACGAGCUCCCCGAUGGCGUAGAGUUCGUGGUGGGCGGCGUGCAGACGACCUUCCAGUGCGAGAGGAGCGGCUACUUCGCCGACGUCAGCAACAACUGUCAGCUGUUCCACAUCUGCAACGAGAUCUACAAGGAGGACGGCUCGGUCGAAAUGCAGCAGUACAGCUUCUUCUGCGGCAACCAGACCAUGUUCAACCAGCUGAGCCUGACGUGCGCCCAUCCCGAGGAGUCGGUGCCGUGCCAGAACGCGCCUGACUUCUUUUACAUAAACGACAACAUCGGUCGCAUCGACACGCCGGCCCACACCGAGGACGACCUGCAGCGUGCUGCUCCGCUUGUGCCGGGCUUUCAGCAGCAGCAACCGUUCGCGGCCGCCUCCAACAGGCACGAAACCAAAGUGUCACCUCAGAAGUGAACUCGCUUUCGGAGUUGUAGCCCCGUUGUCCAUUUGCCGCCGUUAUCACACGUGUUUCCUUUUUAUGCUCAUGUAAAGCUUCUGUACAUGUGCACGCGUCCGCUUUCCAUCACAUUCUGAAACCGAACGCUGAGUGAUUCAACGAUAUUUUGCGAAUCGCGAUUGAGAUCCUUGAAGGAAUCAGUCGUGGUCCAGCAAAGCGUUCAGAAUUUGGAACGGUCGUGUUUUGUACCAAAAAUUUGCUUAACUGUAUUUCUUAGCCUUUUCAAGGCACUUUUAUAAAUUCCAAUUUGUUGCUGGGCAAGAGAAGGACCAGGAGAGCUGUAGGCCCGUCGGGCUUAUAUGAUACAGUAACAGGAUCGUGUUUAUACGAUACAGACCCGCUGACCACUCACCAAUUGCGCUCAAAGGUUGGGUAAAAAUAGUUUUCACUGAGCAUUGAAAGUGUCUGUGUGAGAAGGGUGCAACCUGGGCUCGGGACGUGAAUGAACCUUCCGUGGCAUCGUUGUAUACGUAAACCCACUGACGCUGUAGCACUCUGUCGCUCCUGUGUGCCAUGCAUAUAAUACCACCUCCUUGCUCGUUCGUUAGCACGGCGACAACGGUCUUUGCUUCCUUCGUGACACCAUGCAUGUCGCUUCCUUUCUGCGCUUUACCAACCCACUAACGCGAACGAACUUAGGUGCGAUACGAAGAGACAACAUGGUGUCGCCAUGGGCAACCACCACUAC